AUGGGACUUCCUCGGCCUCCUCGCCGUGGCCUUCUCUCACUGCGCGCUCCUCGCCGGCGCCCGGGAGGGCCCGCGGUCGAGCGCCCGGCUCCUCCGCGCCCUCCGCCUGGCGUGGCUGCCGAGGCUGGCGGGGCUGUCGCGGAGGCUGGGCGGGCACGGCUGUGCCCGCUGCGCCCGGUGGCCCCGGCGGCCAGCUCCGCGUGGGGCCUCGGGGCGCUGGCCGCUCUCCGGCGCCGUUCGCCGGGGGCGGCAGGCGCUGCGCACAUUGGCGUCGAGCUAAAAGCGCGGCUUGAGAGAGGCGAGCUGGACCAGCCCUGGAAUGAAGAGCUAGGCCUCUGCGCCACGCAGCUCGGGCGGGAGCGCUGGUAUCGAAAAAGUGAGGUCGACCCCGCGAGUCACCACGCUGAUCUUGCCGUCGCCUACGUGGCCGCGGAUCCGUACGGUUGGCCUGGGCGCGGCGACGCCAACCGAGGGGACGCGGAUGCAGAACGCUCGCUCGAAGAGCGCCGCAUCCUGGGCUUGCAUACGAGUCUGCUGCAGCGCGAGCGGUACGUGGGUGUCGGUUUCUGGAAGCUGGUGCUGAAGGGCCUGUGGGCGGACGAGCCUGGCGGAUAUCCGGGGCCCGCUUUCGAGACGAAGGCGGAGUUUGUUCGAGGCACCCGUCCGGGUAACUGGCCCUUGGGGCUGGAGGGCACCGAGGACAUCCGGGUGUGCGAUCUGGGAGGAUCCCAGUUGGCUGCCCAUCUGCGCGCUUUUAUUUGGCGCGGCAACAGCGACGGCAGUUUCAAGGCAUCGCUGAUCAUGAUCUUCCUCGGGGUCGUUCCUUUCCUUCAGAGCUUCUUGGCAGAGCAGAUUGUCGAGGGAGCAGGAGUAUUCACAUCCUCCGAUGUACGGCUAGGAGCGUGGCUGCAGGCUAGACCCUGUUUGUUUGCGCUCGCACUCGGCACCGUGGAAUUAUUCUCCCAUUACAUGUCUUUUAAAUUCUGGACAACAGUUCCUAAGUACGGCGUUCUUCGCCAGUUCCAGUCUUUCUUCGGGAGAAGGUGUCUCCAUGUUCUCAGGACGCAGGCUGGUCCUCGACACAACGAGCCGACAUGUGUUCACGAAGAUCGCUUCAGGAAGUCGCCUGGGCUCUGCCAAGCAGUUGUUAACUACUGCUGCGAAGCUGUCGUGUUGAACCUUUGGGGGAAGUCGUUCGACCUCAUGCGCGCGAAAGCAUCGUUGAUUGCUUCCCUGCUGUUGAUAGUUUACGCCAUGGUGUCUGACGAAGCAACAGGUGGCGACAGCGGAUCCCACUGGUCAGCGUUUAGUGUUAACUUCUGUCGCUACGGUUGGUGCAUUUUCUUAUUCAUGGCGCUGAACGCUGCGUUGUUAAGCGUCAAUGUGUUCAUCCGGACGCAGCAGUCCGUGGACGUUUGGGGCGUGGCAACCAAAGCUAAGAUAAACAUGCUCUCGUUGCAGCAGGAACUCAUGUGCCGCAUGAUGUCCGAAGGGAGACACAGACGCGGACUCCCCCUGGACAGUACGGAUCAACAACUUUUGGACGCAGCUUGCAGCGAUUGGCACGACGCGUGCAGAAUAUAUGGUAACCGAGACUUCCACACUUGGUUCUCUUCUUGGAUCGUGACAGACGUGUUCAACAGCAUGCUGAGCAGCUUCUCCUUCAUGCUCUGCACUCUUGUAUUGCUCUUCGAAAUUUUCGACGGGCGCAUGCGGGUUGGUACUUUUGUUAUGGCGCUUGGGUCGGUGCGCUCCAUUAGUGGUGCAUUCGCCACCACGCUCAGUUACCAUUUCAGUAUGCCCGAGGGCUACGUUGCCCUACUUUACCUUGCGCAGAUAUGCAACAUGAAUGUUCCCGGGGAUGACGAGGGCAACCACGAAAAAGAGCCCGGCGGUGAUCGCUUGACCAGCACAAGCCUGCUCCAGUAUAAGACACAAGACCGCGCCUCCUACCCCUGA